UCAUAACGCCGUUGUUACAACACGCGUCCGUCGCCAUCUUAAAUUUUAAAACAGUUCGUUAAUUUCAAAAGUGAAAGUGUGACUUGAAAUUUGAAUUAAGAGUGCAGUGUUUCAAAUUUGUGGUGACCAAACAACAUUUUUUUCUAACCACAAUCAAAAACCCUAGCUAAAUAAAACAAAUCUUUAACAAUACAACAAAAAUCCGCUAAAAAUGUCCUGACGUCCAAUAUGGCGGGUGUGUUGCGAUCAUUAAAGUGUGCCAGUAGUAAGAAAGAUAGGAACAGUGUAUACUCUGUGGUGCCCAGUGACCUGACCCCCGGAAGCUUGGAGAUAUGGGUGGACCUCCCAGAUGAGAUCAAAUAUGACCCGCUUUUGGCAGCCUUCAAGCAACGGUAUGAACAGCAACAUGGUAAUAUCGAAGCUCCAGACGUGCCAAAUGAGGGGGAUAGGACGAUAUUCGAUAAGAAACAUGAUGUGGAAGCUAAGAGAGAAGAGCUGGAUCCACUUCGAGAUGCUACUACCAGGAUCAUGGAACCAAUGCAUGCCGAUGACGACACAAAAUUAAAAUCGGGGAAAAAGAAAAAGAUAGACAAUGUCCUAAGAUCUAUCAAACUGUUUGGUCUGGUCUCCUGUUGGGUACUGUUGACAGUGUCCUUACUGCUGAACAUGGAAAGAUCAGAAGUUGUACUACAUACAGCAGUGCAAGCCGGUAAUAUAAAAGAAUACGAGCUGCCAUCAACCAACGACCGUGUUAAGGUGCUGAUCACAUUGACAGGACCCUUCGCGCCCCUGGUCUCCAACAACAGUGAUAAUAUCCUCAACGUAUGGCUACACCGAUCAGUAGGAGAUAGCCUGGUGGACUUCCAACAAAAUUCAUCGAAAUGGCAAAUAGUCCUACAACCAGAGGAUGUGUUAGACUUUUCCCCGAGUUCCAUGGAAAGCAAGAUAUUGGACCUCAAAGAUAAUUCUCCAAUUCUGUUCAGCAAUGGAAACCCGGACAGGAACUUCACCAACACACUAGACUUCACUUCAAACGAUGAAAUUACUAAAUGGGAUGACAUUGGGAUUAAUGGUACAAAAGUGACUCUCCGCAUGAGUACCUCAGGGAGCAGUACUGUGCCCCUUACUGUCAGCUAUCAGAUGAACCCCAUUGAUGAGGAGGAAGGCAUCAUAUACGCCACAAUACUGCUCAUCACGUUGUACGUGCUGAUUAUAUUCGAGAUAGUAAACCGAACUCUGGCCGCUCUCCUGGCGUCGUCCCUGGCGGUGGCAGUCCUGGCGCUGGGCGGCGCCCGCCCCACGCUCCCGGAGCUGGUCUCCUGGCUGGACGUGGAGACCCUGCUGCUGCUCUUCAGCAUGAUGCUGCUGGUCGCCAUUCUGGCUGAAACUGGGCUCUUUGACUAUCUAGCUGUUUUGGCUUUUGAGGUUACAGGCGGCAGAACGUGGCCUCUCAUCAAUUGCCUCUGUUUCUUCACCGCAUUCUUCUCCACUUUCUUGGAUAACGUCACGACAGUACUUCUCAUGACACCUGUCACCAUUAGGCUAUGCGAGGUGACCCAGUUGAACCCGGUGCCAGUCCUCAUGUCCAUGGUGAUCUUCAGCAACGUGGGGGGAGCGGCCACACCUGUGGGAGACCCGCCUAAUGUCAUCAUAGCUACACACCCGGCUAUUGUGAAAGAGAAUAUAAACUUCACGAACUUCACCAUGCAUAUGGGGGUCGGCAUCCUCAUGGUGGGAGUGCAGACUUACUUCCAACUGCGCUACAUCUUCAGAGACAUCAACAAACUGAGACACACCGUGCCUAGAGAUAUAUUAGAACUACGUCAAGAGAUAGCGGUGUGGAGGCGGGCUGCUGCCUCCCUGUCAUCAUACUCCAGGGACGAGGAUAUCGUGAGGAGGGCGCUGGAGAAAAAGGUUGAAAAAUUAAACGUGGCGCUUUCAAGGCGCGAGGCGGGCGGCGGGGCAUCAAGAAACGAUCCUAUGUUCUGUUCAACAUUAGCACAGAUGAAACAAAAGUACCGCAUCAGGGACAAGGCGUUGUUAAUAAAGUCGGCAAUCUGCGUUUCCUUUGUGGUCAUAGUUUUCUUCUUGCACGCGAUACCAGAACUGCAGCGCCUCUCGUUGGGCUGGACAGCCCUGCUGGGAGCCUUGCUGCUGCUGCUUCUAGCAGAGAGAGAUGAUCUGGAGCCGAUCCUCGCGAGGGUGGAGUGGUCUACUCUGCUGUUCUUUGCUGCUCUUUUUGUGUUGAUGGAGGCUUUAUCAAAGCUAGGUUUAAUAACAUGGAUCGGUAGGAUGACGGAGAAUAUUAUCCUACAAGUUGGGGAAGAAUCCCGGCUAGCGGUAGCGAUCAUGCUCAUUCUAUGGGUGUCGGGCAUCGCGUCGGCCUUCGUGGACAACAUCCCGCUGUCGAGCAUGAUGGUGCGCGUGGCGGCCGCGCUGGGCGGCGGCGGCGGCGCGCUGCUGCUGCCGCUGGCGCCGCUCGCCUGGGCGCUCAGCUUCGGGGCCUGUCUCGGGGGUAACGGGACAUUGAUCGGGGCAAGUGCCAACGUAGUAUGCGCGGGAGUCGCUGAACAACACGGCUACAGAUUUACCUUCCUAGAGUUUUUGAAAGUCGGCUUCCCAAUCAUGAUUGGAAAUUUAAUAGUCGCCUCCCUAUACUUGCUGUUCUGCCACUGUUUUUUGGAAUUACACUGAAAAUGGGGAAAUUAAAAGUCGAUUUUGAGGUUAUAUGAGUCACAAAUUGUUUGUAAUUUAGCAAAGAUGUGAAAAUUUAGAUGAAGCCAAAAUGAGGGUGCCAAAUUUAUAUUUCAAGUGACAAUAGCAAUAUAUUUUCAAAUUCACAUUUAUAGAUA